AUGCAGACCAGCGGCAUCAUGAAUAAGUCUCCAGGUCCAUCCGCCAGUAGCAAGCCUGUAACUGCCUUGGUCAUUACAAGCCACAAUGGACCUUUUGAACAGAGACAGGUCCAACUCAAGGACAUGAGACCCGACGAGAUUAUCGUUCGCAUGGUCGCCACCGGCGUUUGUCACACCGACGUAGGCUCCGCCAUGGGCAAACUGCCUCCGUCCCCGCCGGCCGUGCUAGGCCACGAAGGGGCGGGGAUUGUGGAGGAAGUUGGCGCCGAUGUCAAUCACCUCGCCCCUGGAGACCAUGUUCUUCUCUCCAUCACCAGCUGCGGAGCCUGUCGACCUUGCCUUCGUGGCCUCCCGUCAUACUGUCGAGUCGGUCCCAGACUUCUUUUCGGUGGCGCCCGUGCCGACGGCAGUCAUACAAUGUCGAUGGGCGACGUCGACAUUGCUUCACCCUACUUUGGACAAUCCUCGUUCGCUUCUAGAUCGAUCGUCACGGCGAACUGUGCCGUCAAGCUCGACAAAGAUGUCCCCCUGGAUGUUCUCUGCCCACUCGGCUGCGGCCUGCAAACCGGAGCUGGGACCGUCCUCAACGACUUGAAACCGUCUGUGGGAGAAUCUAUUGCGGUCUUUGGAGUGGGCUCAGUUGGGCUGGCCGCUGUCAUGGCGGCGGUACGCUUCACACCGGCUACACAGAUCAUAGCCAUUGACAUCAACGAAUCGAGGCUCCAGCUAGCCGCCGAGCUCGGGGCGACGGUCACGAUAAACUUGAGCGGCAAGGAUGUUGUUGAACUGAUCAAGGCUGCAACGGCCGGCGAGGGUGUCGACCGUGCGCUCGACGCCACAGGGAAUACUGCAGUCAUUGAAGCGAUGAUAGCAUCGGCCGCAAACAACGGAAUCGUCGCCACGGUUGGAGCAGCGCCGGCAGGGAAAUUCGUCAACAUCGAGCCAGCAGAGUGGAUCGGAAGGAAUGUCAGCUACGUCGGAUCUUGUGAAGGGUCGGCUCAUCCUCAAACGUUUAUUCCUGCUCUUGUGGAAUUUUGGAAGCAAGGUCGCUUUCCGAUUGAGCGCCUGAUUAAACGAUAUCCAUUCACCGAAAUAAACAAGGCUAUAGACGAUAUGCACCACGGACGGUGUAUCAAGCCUGUAUUGAUUUGGCCAUGA